GUGAUAUGCAGAUAGUGCUCAGUUUCUGUUUAAAUUCGGCCUAGAAUUUCUCUACUCCAAGAUUUCUUAAAAACUAUUUCGCCGUUUUAAAGCACUAGCUUUAACUGAAAGAUAAUAUUUUUAGUUCCAUGUUUUUCUUUAUACCCGCAGGACAAUUGGUUAUGUGACGCAGGGAUUCUUUAUAAACUUUGGACUUUAAUAAACAUCAAUUUUUACAAACUUUAAAACACAUUGUGUGGACAAUCGUAGGUGGACCUUGUGUCUUUUAGAAGGACCUUUGUGGGUGGACCUUUGUGUGUUGGAAAGAGGCAAGGAUAAAUCAUUUGGCAGGCUCUAGUUCCCACCAGAUAUGUUGAAGUUUUUCAAAAAACAUCCUCCCAAGGAGGGGGAGGAGAGAGAGCGUUUGAAAAAAGAACUAUUUAAGUUUCAAAAGUGUGUGGAACAUGGAUUCCCAACUAAGCCUAGUGCUUUAGCAUAUGAUCCAAAGCUACAGCUUCUGGCCAUUGGUACUAAAUCUGGAGUUAUUAAAAUCUAUGGCACACCAGGAUUUGAAGUAUCAGCAGUGCAUGAAGGUGAUGUUUCAGUCAAUAGCAUGUUUUUCAUCCCUGAUGAGGGUCGUCUGAUAUCUGCAUGUAGUGAUAGCUCACUGCAUCUGUGGGAGAUUAAUUUAAAAGAUGGUGCAAGUGUGCUGGAAGAGAAGAAAUUUGAUGGAGCUGAACCUCUGAAAGUGAAAAGCAUCUCAACAUGCAGCUUAAGUACAGAUUUCAACACCUUGUUUGUUGGUACAGAGACAGGCAAUGUCCACUUCAUAGAUGUCAAGACUCUCAAGGAGACUGAUGUUGUUAAUAUGGAUGCCAUUAUUCAAAAUGUCCCUGAUGAUUUUAAAGUCAACCCAGGUGCAGUAGAAGCCAUUGCAAACAGUCCUGUCAGUGAAGAAAAGCUACUGAUUGGAUUUAACAGAGGAUUGAUUGUAUUAUGGAAUGCUAAAGAGAAUGCAUCAGAAAAAACCUUCAAUACUUCUCAACAAUUGGAGUCAAUCACAUGGCACCGUAGUGGAGAAGAAUUCAUCAGCGCACACAAUGAUGGCAGUUACAUCACAUGGAAUGCCAGAGAUUCAUCUGAACCUAAAGAGGCAGCCAUAACACCUUAUGGUCCAUUUCCCUGCAAAGCAAUCAACAAACUCCAGUGGAAAAUGACUAAAAAUGAACCACUGAUUGCCUUCUCUGGUGGUAUGCCCCGAGCAAGCUACGGAGAUCGUCACACAGUAAGCAUUAUGCAAGGAGAAAACCAUGUGGUGGCUGAUCUGACUUCCAGAAUUGUUGACUUUGUGACCAUCAACAGAGCUGAUGAGAAAAACGCCAUUGAAUCUGAUCGAGAUGACCCUCAUGCUUUAGUAAUCCUGGCAGAAGAAGAAUUGGUAGUGUUGGAUCUGGAAUCAGAAUCCUGGCCAUCAUUUAGACUGCCUUAUCUGAACAGCGUGCACUCCUCAGCCAUCACUUGCUCACAACACAUCAGCAAUGUACCAGAGCAGCUCUGGCAGAAGAUGAUUGACGCUGGAGACAAUCAGAAUAAGAACUAUUCAAACAGGGAAUGGCCUGUCAAUGGUGGAAAGAAUUUGGUUAGUGCUCCAGUAUCUAAAGAUUUGCUUCUGACUGGUCAUGAAGAUGGCUCAAUUCGCUUCUGGGAUGCAUCAUCUACCAGCCUUCGACUUAUAUACAAACUUAGCACAACUCCAGUUUUUGGUAUUCAAGACCAUGCUCAAGAUGGCCACAGUCCAGAGGAUGAAGAAUGGCCACCAUUUAGAAAGGUUGGAACUUUUGACCCCUACUCAGAUGAUCCUAGGCUGGCUAUUCAGAAAUUGGCUUUGUGUGCCCUGAGUGAGACUCUGGUGGCUGCUGGCUCUGCUGGACAGGUUCUUAUCUUCAACAUGGAGAGGCAGGAGAGAGAGCAGGAUCUUAAGGAGGUGAAAGUGAAUAUAAUGAGUGACCAUGAAGGUUUUGUGUGGAAAGGUCAUGAAGCUUUGAGCUGUAAGAUUGAUGAUUUGAAAUAUGCAGCGGGAUUCCAGCCAACAUGUAUCAUGCAAUUAGACCCCCCAGCUGCCUGCACUGCAUUAGCUCUUCACUCAGAAUGGCAGCUUGUUGCAGCUGGUACUGGUCAAGGUUUUGCUCUGUUAGAUUAUGCUCAGAAAAAAGAAGUAGCAACAAGAUGCACACUUAACCCCAAUGAUCUACAUGGAACUUCUGAAACUGCUAUGUCUCGCAGAAAAUCUUUGAAAAAAUCUCUUCGUGAAUCAUUCCGUAGACUCCGUAGACGAAGAUCAGAAAAGAAAGUGAAGGAAGACAGAACCAAAAAGGAAGAAAGUAAAACAGCAACAGCACAUAUUGAGGAGACCCAGGCAACAGCUACUCCAGCUGCCUCUAGCACUACUGGAGCUGGGGAAUGUAAGCCAGAAGAGAGACAAGUUGAGGCACGCAGUGGUGAGGAUUCCAUGGCAUCAAUGGUCCGCUCUCUCUACUUCGCAGACACUUUUAUAAUCAAUGGUGGCUCACAUAAUCCCUCUUUAUGGGUUGGUACAAACGGAGGUCACAUUUAUGUGUACAACUUAACAGUACCACCUUCAGACAAACGUACGAGUGAUUAUGUUGCCUGUUUGUUGGCCAAGGAGAUAAAACUUAAGCACCAUGCACCUGUGCUCAGCAUGGCUGUCAUAGAUGGUAAAAACACUGUUCUGCCAGAUGCCUUUGAAGUCAUCAAUGAAAGAGCUAAGGCACCUGACAUGGAAGGACAACAUUCCAUUAUCAUCUGCUCAGAGGAACAAUUGAAGACAUUCUCCCUGCCCAACUUGAAACCCAGAUGGAAGAACAAAAUCACAGCCAUUGAUGGUGCUAGGCUUAGAAAGAUAAAUUUUGUCAAUUUCAGACGAGAGGGUGAUGCUUAUAAUGAAUAUGACAUAAGUUGUUUAACAAAUACUGGGGAGUUACGUGUGUACUCAGUGUCUACACUUAGAAGGCAGCUCACUGUUCCAUCUCUUCGUAAAGAAGAUAUCAAUGGCAUUUCAUCAUUUGUUUUUACCAAAGACGGCCAAGGCUUCUAUCUGCAGUCCCCCUCUGAGUUCUGCAGAAUUACCCUGUCCACCAGCACAACCACAGGCACACCCAAGUGUGAGCUGGAGCUGGCUGAAGGACUGAGACCUCCACCAGAGGUUAGACCAGAGGCUUCUGCUGCUGCUGCUGCUUCAGAUCAACCCACUGUAGAAGUCACACCAGCUUCAGAGGAGCAGUCUCAAGAGGCUCAAGGUGAAGCAGACGUUACAGCGCCAAGUGCGGAUGAGUCGCACAUGAAUAUGUCAGCAAUGUCUGCAGAUAUAACAAUUGACAGUGUGAGGGAUGUCAUUGCAGAGAAUGAAGGGACAAUAGUCACAUCUGUUAGAACAAUCACGCAGACAACAACAUCCACAGUGUCAGAGAGUGCAGCAACAGCAACACAAGAGGCACAUCGGGCAGUGACUACAGUAACCAAUGGGCAUGCAGAAGAAGAUGGUGUGACUGAUGUACUGAAAGAAACACAGCAUGAAGUGACCACUAGGACAAGUGAAUUUGUGACAAAAACCACAGAAAAAGUGACCCACACAGGUGAAGAAGUGAUCAAACAGCUGAGUGAGCUGAAGAUGACCACAGCUGUCAUUGAGGAUCCUGCUCUGCUGAAGCAAAAAUUGGUAGACUCUAUGGUCACAACCACCACCACUUCAAGUGCAACUGUUACCACCAAUGGUGAAAGUGUUACUACUGCAGAAUAAUUACUUUCUCGUUUGACUCUUGGAAUUAUAAAAUAUUAUCUGGGAAAUCAAGUUUUUAGGAAAAUGUGAACUACAGACUUCUAUUAAUUUCCUCUGCCUCUCUGUGGCUGUUACUAUUGAUGACAGGCUGCUUGAAUCCUACUUUUUGUUAAUGUUAGACAAUGGAUUAUUGACUGCAUUUUAACUGUUCAUUUGUUAUAUCAGUUUAUCUGGUUUUAACCCAAGUUUUAUCUUAAGAUCAAUCUUUUAUUGACUGUGUUCAUAUUGAAACUUCAAAAACUUAUUUUUAACAAACUUUAUGUGGUGGAGGCUAAGGUACUUGUGUUGUGAAUAAUAGUGUUACGACUUCGAUGUAGUUUUUUUAAAGGCACCGCCCCUGAAAUUGUUUUAAUUUAAACAUUUUUUCAUAUAUAUUGUCUUAAUGGCUGGAUGUUAUUACCAUUGCUGUGAAAAUGUAUGGCUCUGCUGUCUGCUAAAGAUGUGUUUUAAUGGAAGAUAUUUUUAAAGCAUUUGUUUCAUGUCCAGUUAGCGUAAGUGAAGAAAUGUGAAUGAAGAAAUGGACAUUCCUAAGCUCCAUACUAACAAAUUAACUGUUGUCCUUUGUUUACAUGUACAGUGCUAUUCUGAGGUAACAUCCCAUUUUCUCACGCAUUUCAUUUUCUGAGUAAAUAAAAGUAUAUUAGGAAAAAAGUUUUAGUAGCAGACAUUAUCUACCCAUAUCCUUGCACACUUUGAUCAUGAUUCAUGUUGUGGCUGUUAAGAAAAACAUUCAGUUCUUGUAAGUUUAGAAUUCUUCAGAUUUAAUAAUAAAUUUCACUUUAAAGUUACUUGUGUAAAAUAAAAAAAAAUUUCUUGUCAAAACUUUUUAAUGUACUAACAGUUUGUCUCUUUAAAAGAGCUUUUAUAAUCAUAUACUGUAAUCAUUACAGUGUUAAUUUUAUAUCAUUUAUUCUUUACAUAAAUUAGUUGUCCAGCUAUUAUUUUAUCUCAUAACUCCAUAUUACGAUAAACUUUGUGCAAUUAAAAUGUUUUCAUCUUAUCAUAUUUCAUAAAUGAUUUAAUACACUAAAUAAAUAUAUAUAUAUAUAGUUGUAUUUUCACUUUGGCUAAUUUUCUAGUUUAAUACUGAACAUGGAAAAAAGAGCAGUUGUCUUAUGCUGCAUAUUGUCUGGUUAAUGUUUGGUGUAACAGCACUGAGGUGUUUGUUGUUUUUUUUAACAAAUCUGCACAUAUUUUUACAAUAAUAAAGGCGUUGUGAGACUCAUUACUGUAUUACUGAGGUUACCAUAAUAUUAUAUAAGUAGAUAGCUGGAAGACAUUAGCUUGUCAUGAACCUCUGAAUGAAUUGUCAGCAGUUACAUCUACAAAUGUCCUUAUAAUAGCCUUGCAUCAUACUUUUGAAUAGGCAGCAUUAGAAAAGAAAAUAUUUGAUUUGGAGAAGGUUUUGUUAGAUAUUAGUGGUAUUUCGUCACCAUAGAAAUACAAGAUUCCAAGAGGUUGCAUUUGGUACUGGCAAUUGUAUUUCUAAGGUGUUGAUUUAUUUACAUUUUUUAAUUAAAUCUCUCACUUUAUGACUACUUUUAAUGUAAACAUUUUUAGAAUUUCUCAUUCAAUGUUAUGUAAAAGGUUUACUGGCUAUUAAAAGUUGACAAUUGUUUUAGGUAAUCUUAGCCUUGUAAUCAUGGUUUAGCAAAAUAAAGGGAAGUAAUUUAUUGUUGAUGUGUACAUAUGUAACACUUGACCCUGUGUAUGCUAUUAUUUACCACUUUCUGUUGUAUAUAGGGUCUUGAGUUUUGUUUUACAGUGGAUUUUUAAUAUUUUAAACUCCCAAGAAAAUGCUAAUAAAAUGUUAAAAGAAAUGGAAAUUUCCCCCCUCCCCAUAUUUUGAGUCUCUAGUGUUAAUAAGAGCAUUUAGUGAAGGAAAAUAUGUGGGUUAAGAUAUUUUGUAUAUUCUAAUUAUAGUUACAGUUAGAACUAGCACCUUGUGGGAACUUAGUUUGUUUGGCAUUCUUUAUCAAAGUUUAUCCUAAUCCAAAACUGCUAGCAUUUAAUAAUGUUUAAGAUUUUAUAGGCAUUUUUAAGUUUGUUAAUAUGUACACGUUUUAUGAAUGUGGCAUUUCUAAUAAAUCCUAUUACAAUUAAAUUAUUUUUCUUGUAUGCAGUUUCAUUACUGUUGAUUGCCUGGCCAAUAGGUCAAACUAAGUUUUAUUUUCUCUAAUACAAAUUAACUUCGAGUAGUUUUUUCCUUGCUCUGAUUGCUAUGUAACAAUUGUUUUUUUCUGCUGGCCAUUACGUGUGUACAUUUUGUGUCUAGUUACAAGAUGAAGCCGCUCCAGACAUAGGCCUUAUGUACAUCUGUUCUUGCUGCUCUCCAGCCUUAAAUCAUUGUCAUAACUCUGGUCAAGAGGCUCCUGUCAUGUGUGCUUUUAUUGCUGCCCAUUGGUCACCCCUCACUCAAGUGUAUUAAUUGUAUCUCAGUUAUACAUUUUUUUAAACUCAAAGAGCUAGAAUAUCGUUGAAGCAAUUUUUUUUAAUAAUUCUUUUAAAUACAUAAGUACUUUAAAAAAAUAAAACGUGUAUGU